UGCCGUUGCUCAGUGCUCCCUACGCCGACUUUUCUUUUGUUCCCACUCUCCUUCCUUCCGCCGCGUUCCUCGUCUUACGUCCCACCUCUUACCGAGUUGAACCCCCCCGCCGCCGAAGCACGUCCGCGCCUCAACACCCUCCAUUCCGCCACACAGACUGUGGCGGCUCAUCGCCCCCGCCACCCCAUCCGCUAAUUCGCCCCGCCGCGCCUCCUUCCGCCGGAAUUUUUGGGCGGCGCCCUUCGCCCCUGCUCGCAGAAGUCUGGGGCAGACGGGGCAUCGGCGCGAAGAGGGGGGCGCGAAAUUGAAGCGUGUGAGGCGGAGAUGAAAAAAUUCGCGUUCUAGUGUAGGGGGGCUGGGAGACAGGGCAUAUAUUCCAGUGGAUUUCGUCUGCUACUGUAGGGGGGGAGCGUCGUAACGGCAUGGGGCGCCAUAGCAGGAAGAAGCGGAAGGGAGGGAGCGAAUGGAGGAGAGAGGGGGGGGAGGCGGACGGGGGAAGAGGGAGGGGCAGUGGGUCCGCGGGUGGUGGGGCUGCUGCUGGCAGUAGCGCGGUUGGGGUGGACAAGGCGGAGAUCACGUGCAUUCCACUAGGCGCGGGGCAGGACGUGGGCAAGAGCUGUGUGGUGGUGCGGGUGGGCGGCCGGGUGGUCAUGUUUGACUGCGGCAUGCACAUGGGCUUCCAGGACAGCCGCCGCUUCCCCGACUUCCCUCGCCUGCGUGCCUUGGCCCACUCGCACUCGCACUCGCACGUGCACUCGCAGACCGCUGAGCGUGGACAUGGGAAUGGGCGUGGGCGUGGGGAGGGGCAUGGGUAUGGCGGUGCGGUGGACUAUACGGGCAUCAUUGACUGCGUCAUCGUCACUCACUUCCACUUGGACCACUGCGGCGCGCUGCCUUAUUUCACGCAAGUGUGUGGCUACUCGGGGCCCGUCUACAUGACUUACCCCACCAAGGCGCUCGCGCCCCUGAUGCUGGAGGACUACCGGCGCGUGGCGGUGGAGAGGAGGGGCGAGGGCGAGGAGGGGCUCUUCUCCAGUGCCGACAUAACAGCGGCUGUGGGGCGAGCGAUCCCAGUGGACAUUCAUCAGACCGUUCAGGUCAACCAGCACAUCGCCAUCACGCCAUACUAUGCCGGCCAUGUGCUAGGCGCGGCCAUGUUUCAUGUGCAAGCCAGCAACGGGGCUUCGGUGCUCUACACUGGUGAUUUCAACAUGGCACCUGACAGGCACCUGGGGGCAGCCAGGGUGGACCAGCGACUUCGACCCGACCUCAUGAUAUCCGAGUCCACCUACGCCACCACCAUCCGCGAGUCGCGGCGGUCGCGCGAGAUGGACUUCCUCUCGCGCGUGCAUGCGUGCGUGGCGGCGGGCGGCAAGGUGCUCAUCCCCGUGUUCGCCAUGGGGCGCGCGCAGGAGCUGUGCGUGCUCAUGGACGAGUACUGGGACCGCAUGGGGCUCGACGUGCCGAUCUACCUCAGCGCUGGUCUGACCUCUCAGGCCACGGUGUUCUACAAGACUCUGCUGACGUGGACCAAUCAGCACAUCCAGUCAGCACAUGCCAACCGCAACAUCUUUGACUUCCGCCACGUGCGGCCGUUCGACCGUGCCCUCCUGGAGUCGCCCGCCCCCAUGGUGCUCUUUGCCACGCCCGGCAUGCUCUCGGGGGGGCUCUCCCUGCAGGCCUUCAAGAGCUGGGCGCCGCACCCACAGAAUCUGCUCGUGCUGCCGGGGUUCUGCAUGGCGGGCACGGUGGGCGGCAAGAUCAUGGCCAUGGCAUCCGCCAAUGCCGCUGCUGCUGGCGGUGGUGGUGGGGGAGGAGGGGGAGAAGGAGGGGGAGGAGGGAGGGUAGCCAUCGACCAGAGCACUCAAGUGGCUGUCAACUGCCAGGUCCACGUGCUCUCAUUCUCCCCACACACCGAUGCCAAGGGCAUCACCGACCUUAUCCGCCACCUGGCACCGCGCCACGUCAUCCUGGUGCAUGGCGAGCGUGCCAAGAUGGCGCAGCUGCGGGACAAAAUCUCAAGCCAGAUGGGCAUUCCCUGCUUCACCCCGGCCAAUCAUGAGGCGGUUAGAGUACCCGGGACGAUCUCUCAGAGUGCUGCUCCUCCACAUGCAGUGCCGGCAGGUGAUGUUGAGAUACGGAAUGGGGCCGUGGGGAGUGGAGCAGCAGGGGAGGGGGGUAGGGUGGAAAUAGAGGGAGGGACUGACGGGAGAAGUGGGGUAGGAGCAAAGGAGGAGGACGGUGCAGAGGGGGAAGAGGGAGAGAUUGGAAUAAGUGGGGGAGGACGUGAGGAAGUGGAGGAGCGUGAAGAGGGCAGUUGAGAAUAACAACUACGAGAGUAGAGAAGAGAGUUGAGAUGGUACAAGAGGUAUUGUUUAGAAGGGGCAUUUGGGACGGUGGAAGGAGGGCAAGGUGGGAUGUAGUGUAGAGUAUUAUGAAUAAAAAAAAAUCUUUAGGUCCUAAGACCAAUCUACAUCUGAAAGUACCUGUGUUCUGUACAAAUUAGCUCGAGAUACUUUGGGUCCCAGUCACGGCCCCUCGGGACCACAUCAUCGUGAC